UACUCGUGAAGGCGUGGGGAGGACGGAACCCACGUCGGCAGCAGCAGCAGCAGCAGUAGCAGCAGCCUCCAGCUCCAGGCGGUCCCCAGUCAAGUCUCCAGUCCGUCAGCCGGGCUCCUUUUCCCGCCUUGUGUCGCAGCCCUAGCCGGUCCAGAUGACGCUGAAAAACCCCGUGGCUCUGGAGAGACGCAUGGAUCUGGCCUCUCUGUUCUGCAUGAUCAGCCGUCACGGACCCGCCGUGGCACUGGCCGUGAUCGCGAUGGUGUCCGUGGUGGCGGGUUUCAUCAUCUACCGGACCGUGAGGGGGAAGCGGAGGAAGGCCAAAGCCGAAGCCGCGGACGGUGACGGGCACGGCGGCGGUGCAGCGGAGGCGGACGUAGGACUCAGCCCCACGGAUGGCUUCAGGGGGUCAACAGAUGGAAGUGACGAAGAUUCAUCAGACGUGAUAAAGGUGGAUCCUGAUCUAAUACAGAGCCAUCUUGAAGUCAGACGCCGUCGGAUUGCUAUUGAGGAGGAACCUCCUAAGAGAAACGAAGUAUCCGACAACACUCACACCACUUCAGACAACAAAGAGGAAACAGCGUUUGUGUGGGACAUAAACUCUCCCAAAGCGACAGAGAUAGAUGAACAGGAGGUCAGCCGGAGUCUGCAAAGUGAUAUGUAUACAGCGGCUGAAAUGAAGCUGGAGGAUGCUGUUGAUUGCCAGUGGAGUGACACAGAUAAGACGAUAGAAGAGGAAUGUGGAAACAAAAGCUGCACCGAGGAGCCUGAGCUGAUUAAUGACGAAAGCCAUGAAGAGGAAGAGCAGGUGUUAAAGGCAGAACGCCCAGAAGAUGACUAUGUGACAGACGAUGAUGACUCAGCCAUGGAGACCAGACACGAAGAAGCCUGUCAGUUUAUUGUUAACAGUCAAGUGUACUUCAAACAACCCCCCCACGUGAGUGACAAUGGUGAUAAUGACAGAGGAGGAGACAACUCAAACAAAGCAGAGACAAACAGCCUGCAGUCCAACAUGGAAGAGGCUGUUAAUCAUAGCACAGAUUUAACUGUCCCUUGUCAGUCUGAGGAGGGAAAUCACCUCACAUGUAGUGAUUACAGCAGUUACACCAGCAAUAAUAACUUCUCUCUAGAAAAAGAAAAGGAAAAUGAGGGUGAGGAGUGCGUAGACCACCUACAAAUUGAGACCGAAUCAUCAACAUUUGAAGACGCAUCUUUGGACACUUACCAACAUGAUCACAAUACUGUGCUGUCAGUCAGUGUGUCGGGCAUUGUCACUGAUGCAAAAGCUGAAAUCUCAGGCAUUACAGAUUUCUCUGACUUGUCAUUAAAUGAUGAGAAACCACAAAGUGAACAGAGAGAGGAUGAGACAUCUCUAACUUUGGACAAUCAUGAUGAUGUUUGCCUUCUAAUACCAACACAUGAGACAGAAGGUGAGCCUGAAAAGGAUGUGGACCAACAAGAAGUCCAAGUGAUAAAUGGUGAAGUUUCAGAGCCUGGUUUCCCUCCUGUUCUUGAUAAAAAUGGUUGUGAUGGUGAGAAUAUAUUAAUGGCUGAGGAAAUAUCUCAUCUUCAUGAAGGCAUGGAGGUAAAAGAGGAGUGUAAAGACCAUCAGCAAACUGAGAUUCUGUCCUCAACAUCGGAACAAGAAAAACCCUCACAGCAUGAACAAUCUGAUCAUGAACAUGACGCUUUGGACAUGGAUCAUGAUGUUCUUUGCCCCCCAAUUUCACCCCCUGAGACCAAAAUUCAACAUGAGAUGGCUGAAAAUGGCACAUCUGUGGACCAACAAAUGAUAAACGAUGAUGCUCCUGAAGUAAAUAUCACCACUGCUGAUGAUACAAAUGCUUGUCCUCAUGAAAACAGUCUAAUUGCCAAAGAAAUCUGCAAUCCUCUUGAAGGCGUACAUGAUGACAGUUUAGUCAGUAAAACAGCUAACGAAGAUACCGACAGUAGUCACUUCAAUGAUGAGCAACAAAUGGACAAAAAAUAUUCAUACAAUGCAAAUGAUGGUAUUCCAUCCACUGCAGUUUGUCAUGUUGCUGAAGAAAGUGAAAGUGUGGUACUCAGCCUUGCUUUACUCUGUCUCCAUGAACCAACAGAUAUCAUAAAGGGUGAUGACGCCAGCCUGCCAAUUGUCUCCACUGAUGCAAAAUCUGAAAUCCCAGGCGUCUCAGAGUUCUUUGACAUGGCAUCAAAUGGUGAGCAUUCACAACCUGAACAGACAGAAGAUGAGAAAUCUCCAAACUUGGAUAAAGACACCAAUCAUGAUACUGUAUGCUCUCCAGUGGCAUCAGAAACUCAGCCUAAAAAGGAGGAAGAUGGCAAAUUGGUGGACCAACAAGAAAUCAAAAUGAUAAAUAAUGAUGCUCUUGAAUCAAGUGGACCUGCCUCCAAUGAUGUAGUUGCUUGUGUUGGUGAGAAAACAUCCAUGGGUGAAGAAUUAUUGCAUCAUAAUGUGCCACCUUGUAAUGAGGAAAAAUGUAACUCAGAAACGUCACAUAUUGAAGUUUUUGACGGUGAUGGCUCUAAUUCUGUUGAAAUUGCUUCUGUAACUGUUGAAGAUUCAUCUUGUCCUCUUCUGCUUUCUAUCUGUGAAGAUCAACAUAGUGACCACAUGGUAAAUACUGAAGCCUCUGGUGCUGAUGUUGUUGUUUAUGACUUAAUGGCUCCUGUAAUGACUGAAGAAAUGUCUGGUUCCAUCAUCUCAUCAUCCUGCCAAGACCAGCAACAUGAGAAUACAGAAAAUGGUGUCCAGCAAUUUGAGGUUACCACUGGUGCCUCUCAUGACCUUCCCAUUUUCCAUAAUAACUUGCUGUCUUUCAACCAAACUGAGCUGAAGGAUAGUGACAUUGACAUCAUACCGUCACCUGCUGUUGGUGUGGAGAGUGGCAUUUCAAGCAUGGCUGUCAGCCCUGACUUGCAAGAAGCUGGCCCUGACAUUGGCAUCACAGUUGAAAGUAUGACACUUCCAGUGGUGGAAUGCGAUUUCCAGGUGAUAUCUUGCCACAAGCUUGAGGAACAUAUCGAAGUUCCUCACUCCUUCUAUGCUGAUGAUGUAGCUUUAUCUGCUCAAAGACAAGACACAAUAGAGCCUCAUUCAUCUUUUCUUUCCCAGCAGUCUCAUCCUGAGCAUGCAGAAUGGGCUACAUAUGAGUCAUUAGCAGCCAAUGAAGAUAUAUUUGGCCAUGAAGUUGAGGAUUGCUACCACAAAGCUUUGGAUCAGUUCAUGAAAGAGCAGUUUACCAAUAAUAUUGUAACUGAUGAAUUAAAAAGGCAGACAGAGGAUGACCUAGUUAUUGAAGUUGUACAGGUUAAGGAAAAGAAAGAAGAAGCCUGCAGUGUGAAGGGAAAGGAAAUGAAGGCGGAGGAUGAGAAAGAUGAGGACUAUGAGAGGACAGAGAUCAGUAUUAUGGAGGCGACUAUGGACAAUAAUGAAUGGAUCACAGAGAGUAACUACCAAGUUCUCCCCUGGAUGAACAUUUCUGUUCCUUCAUUUGCCCAAGACUACACAAAACCUGAGCAGAAACCCCCUGAAGACAGCACAGCUGCAACAGAUGCUACAUGCACAGAUACAUCAGAUAUCCCACCUGUAGUUGAACACACUGCUGCUGAAGAAAGCACAGAGAGCACCAGAAAAGUGGUGGCAGUCCAGCCUAUGCCUCAGAAUGUCAAUGUAACCUUCCGUGUUCACUAUCUCAGCCAGUCACCACACCAGACGGUGGCUGUCACUGGAAACCAGCAGGAACUGGGGAGCUGGAAGGGAUUCAUCCCGCUAGAGAAAGCCAAGGACGGAUACUGGAGCUGUGUGGUCAGCCUCCCUGCAGAGAGUCAUGUGGAGUGGAAAUUUGUAGUGUUGGACAAGGGCAAAGUAUGUCGCUGGGAGGAAUGCGGGAACCGCCUUCUUGAUACAGGUUUCGGAGAUGACCUGCUGGUGCAUAAAUGGUGGGGAUUCCUGUAGAUGAAAGUGGAAAGAAAGUGAGAGGAAGACUGUGAUAUUGAAGCUACAGAGUAAUGGAAUGAUCUGUGGAGUUCCUAAGUGAUCCAUCUGAUCUUAUGGUGCUGUAGCUUAAAACAACACAAGCUCCCUUAUAUUUAUUGUGUCGACAGCAGUUAAAUGGCUACAGCGAUGUGUCGGUUAUUAGAUUAAAGGUUCAGUGUGAAAUAUACAGCGGCAUCUAGAGGUGACAUUGCAUGUUGCAACCUAUCAAAUAUUCCCCUAUCCUCACCAACAGUCGUUCCAACAAAUGUCGAACACUUUUAUCAUGCCCAGUUUUUUUUUUUUAAGGUUUUGUGCUUUUCAGUUAAAGGAAUAUUAACUCUGGUCCACACUAUCACCAGCCAUAAAAUAGAUGAAAAAGGACGCAGGAGUUUAUUCAGAGCUACUAUAGAAGCAACAGAUGCUAUUGGCAUUUCUAUAUACUUACAUUUCUGCAGUUACAUCCUCAUAAGUCCCUAAAGUCUUAUACAUUGAACCUUUAAGGCCUUUGCUCACCAAGUCCAUGUUUUUUCCUUUUUAAAAAAUGCUAACAAUUCUGUGAUUAAGUAUUUAGAAUGGGUUGUAUUUGUCUUGAUUUGUUUGACCACAGUAAGCUUAAAAUGAUUUUAAAUAAUCUCCAAAGGGUGUAGAAACAUUAUACAUAUGAGGCAGCACAACUAUUACUUAUUACUGGGUCCACUCCAGUGUGGCUUAAAAACACUAGAACUGCUCUGCAACAGUGUGAUAGACUGUUGUCAGUGAUUUUCUGACUAAAGAUGCAACUUUCCAGUCUUUAGAUGGUCAGAUCUGUUUGAUUAGACAGAGAAAAGGCUCAGUUCCCUGAAUAAACUAUUUUGUGAAAACCGGUGGUCCCAUCACAGCCAGACGACCUCUGUGAUGACCUUUAAGAUUUCCUACAUUGACUAGCAAAUUAUGUCACCUGACAAGAUGAAACAUGAAGUAAAUUAACAUUUUAUGAGAUAAGAGACUGUUGGAGGUCUAUUUAUAGCAGGUCUACAAUCUGCCAUGAACUGAACCAUGGACCAAACACAUGACUUUUGUAUCCAUUUUUUUCUUUAUAUCAUCAUAACCAAAGGUAAAUAAAUAAAUAAAUAAACUCGCCAAACAUGCUAUUAAUCUUUUACAUCUCGGCUAAGAAAUCCACUCUGCUGAAUCACUAGACAACCUGUCAUAAAUAUCAGGAGAACAUUUGGCGUCGUCAAAAGUUGAACUGACCAGACUGGAAUCUUGUCUCUUUAGUCCUGAGCAACAACAUAAACCACGACUGGAACAAACAGUUUUCUUAUGGCACAAGGUGCAUAUUAAAAUGAUGAAAUGUUACUUGAGGUUGCACAUUUUCACAGUUAAGGAAAUAAUCACCACUAGACUCAAUAUGUAAGGUUCCUGUUUGGGGUGGGGGUUUUUUAUUGGGUGAUGGAUGAAAUAUAAAAAAUAUGGACAUUGUGUGCAAAGGUCAUUAAUCUGCAGUAAAGAGGAAAUUACAGCAAUUUUCGUUAACAACUGAUGUUGCUGUUAAUUUAUCACUGAAGUCACUAUUAAUGAAAAAGACCAAAAAAAAAAUCGCUAGUUUGAACUUUUAUUAUUUUUGCCUUUUUUGCUGUAUGUUGGUCGAUUGAGCACGUUGGGUUUUGAAGUAUUGGUUCAACAAAACAACUGAUCCAAGACAUUGCUUUGGGCUUUAACGUUUGACAGUGAUUAAAACUAACAGAUAUGAACAGGUAAUAAAUAUUGUAAGCCCAUGUUGCAGUAUUUUUUUUUUCCAGAAAUAAUGUCUAUAGGCAAUUUUAGCUGUUCUAUGUUUAAAAAAAAAAAAAAAAAAAAACCUAUAAAAGCAAUACCUUGGAGCCAAAUUUACUUUUAACCUAAUUGCAGUUUUCAGGGAGCUGGGAGCCAUCAAACGAUGGAAGCAUCACAUAAAGAUCUUCCACUUUAAUUUUGUUGUGGCGAUAGCUAUAAAUAUGCAAUUUGCACCUCUUGGUGAUUUAAUGCAAGGGUUUAAUUUGUAUAAAUGGUAAAUUUUAUUAUAACGUUGUCUUUAUGCUGCUUGAAUACAGUUAAAAACAGUAUAUGAGAGUAAAUGCACAUAGUUCACUUUUAAUACAACAAUAAAUAAAGCAAUAAUGGUUCCAUAUACAGUGCUAUAAUACUGGUGUUGUAUAUCAGGUAUUUUAAUGUGUUUACCACUGAACUGUGAUUGUUGUAACUUUGAAGCUGCUUUUUUGGGAUUGUGCAUGAAAAGUUUGCUCUGUUUUAUGAUGGUGCCUUUGAGACAUGAUUGUUUUAUUGUCCAGAAAUAAGAUAUUAAAAUAGCUUGGCUUUUUUGUUCUUGCACACAUUGUAUUAAACUUACAGUAUUUUUUCCUUGAAAAAAAAAUGCUGUCAGGUGUUUUUUUUUUUUUGUUUUGUUUUGUUUUAAAGUUACAAAGCCCAUAUAUUCCUGACCAUAUCAGAAUAUUACGCAGAAUUAUGAUAAUGAUACUCAUAUUGGAUGUUGUAAAUGUGGAUUUCGAAUAAAUACAUUUUCCAAGACUUGGAA